UAAAUUCAGGGUAACAUGAUGUACCUACUUAACAGUUGUGGGCUCAUACUGGUUCUUCUCUUGAGUUGCUCAGAAGCAGAGAUCGAGACGCCACACUUUUCUCAAGACUGCACACAGCUUAAGGCCAGAUCACCAAGAGCCCUCAGUGGGCUUCAUCUGAUCAAGCCUGCUGGUGUCCAUACUGCCUUCAUGGUGUACUGUGAAAUGCGUCCUGAUGGAGGCUGGACGGUGUUUCAGAGACGCAGUGGAAAAGCGCAACACUUUGACAAAGACUGGAAGGAGUAUAAAAAUGGUUUUGGAGCCUUGACAAAUGACCACUGGCUCGGUCUGAAGAAGGUAUUUUCUCUGACAAAUGAUAAAUCCAAGAGGUGGACCUUGAGGGUGGACCUGUGGGACCAUGAAGGGGGCUCUGCUUUUGCUGAGUACAGUGACUUUAGUCUGGGAAAUGAGGAGAUGAAUUACAAAUUGCAUGUUGGAAAUUACAGUGGAAACGCAGGUGACGCCAUCCGUGGUGCCACUGCAGGAAUCGACCAAAACGGCUUUGGCUUCAGCACCAUCGACCGUGACAAUGACGGCUGCUCACCAUGUAUGUUUGGUGGCAUUAGUGUAUCACAGUGUGCUGCCUUAGAGGGCGGCGGCUGGUGGUACAGCCGGUGUGGCUCUGCCAGUCUAAAUGGUAAAUGGCAUCGUUUUGGUCACCACAUUGGCCAGGCUUCGGGCCUCCACUGGUUCACCUGGAAACAUCCUGCAUCCUACUCAUUCAAGGCCUCCAGAAUGAUGAUCAAGUCUAUGUGAGAGGAGCUCUGGCUGUCCUGCUCUCAGGGUAUUUCUAAAUGUUUUGAUCACUUUUUUCCAAACAUACUUGCACAUAUCUGUUUCCAGUUUAACCUACAACAGAAGAUUCUCACUUUUUUUUUUUUUUUUUUUUUUUUUAAAAAGGUGAAGGAUGUUUGCUGUCCAACUCAUUAAGCUCCCAGAAUUUGUGAGAUAUACAAAAAUAAAACAAUUUACGUG